AUGGAAGCCGUGAUUGGCAGCUCAAAUAUAGCUGAGGCUGUGAAGCUCGCGGCAGUCUUUUGGACUGCCUGGUGUGUACGCAAUGAGGUCGUUUGGCAUGACAAAGUUCUUUCCGUAGAGGAGGCCUACAACCGUAUAAAGCAUUUCCAGGACACUUGGAUGGCAGCCUACGCUCCGGUACAUCAACCUUCUCGCCGCACUGAUCAACCUGGGAUGUGGACACCGCCGCCGCAAGAUGUUAUGAAAUGUAACAUUGACGCAGCUACAUUUGCGACCGGAGCCAGCUUUAGAGCGGUUGUGCGUGACCACGACGGCGCAUUUGUUGCUGUGAAGAGUGGAUGGUUUGAUGGGGUUGACGACCCUUUCUUGGCUGAGGUCCUUGCUGCUAAGGAGGCACUUUCAUGGAUGAAGACACAAGGCCUAGCAAACUGUUUAUUAGAAUCGGAUUGUUUAAAUUUUUGCAACGCUUUUAAUUCUCACAAUGUUGAUUUUUCUUACGUAGGUAUUAUUGUGAAGCAAUGUUUGUCGAUUGCUACUGAUAUGGGCUCUGUGAAAGUGGUUCAUACUAAGAGAACAAUGAAUCAUGUGGCUCAUGAGCUUGCUCGGGCAACCGUUUCGGAGUCUGUCUCUGGGGAGUGGAAUAUGAUCCCACCGACUUGUAUUGUUGAUUUUCUAAGUCAUUAA